GCUGGCUGCUCUGCAUUCGCUCGGAAGAGCGCCUGGCGAAGCUUGAUCAUGGAGCACGGAAUCCUGUUUCUGGGCCUCCUGAUAGCGUGUUGCUCAGCGGCUUCCUUGCCCCCGCUGAGUUUUUCGACCGAAACCCUGUCCGUCGACGCGGUCGAACCUUCGAGCCGCGAACCGCUUGCGACGACUCCGUCGUCAGGAAGAACAGCGGAAUCGACCACUAGAAAACCAUCGUCAACUACUACCCCACCUGUUGCACUUCCCGCAGUCACCACAUCGAGACCUACGCGCCCGAGGAGGCCCGUGAUCGUGAUUCAGCCUUCGAAAGAUAGAGUCACCUUCAACGAUUGGUUUUCGCAGCUCUCGAUAUGGAUCCAGAUCCCGCUCGCCAUCGUCAUUUUCUUCGCGCUGAUGAUACUUCUCGUCAUCCUAUUGAACAUCAUCUUCUUCUGGUGUACCUUCUGCUGUGCUUGCUGUCUCGCCUGUUUCAUCCCGAACGAAUAUAUCGCCAUCUAGAAAUCUAGGGCUCCCAUGGCUUAUAAGAAUAAAUGUGGAGGUAUGAUCUU